GGGGGCGGGGCGGCCGGGACUGCCAUCCCGGGCGCGAUCCCCUAGCGCAGCACCCGGCGCUGCCGAGCUACCUCCCCUGCCGCCCGCUAGCAAGUUUGGCGGCUCCAACCCCGGCGCGUCUCGGGAUCUCUAGGCGCAUUUGUUUCUUCCUGGCUUCGGUGCGCCCUGCUUGGCGGGGACCCUCUCGAGCAAUGCCGAUGGAUGUGAUUUUAGUUUUAUGGUUCUGUGUGUGCACUGCCAGGACAGUGGUGGGCUUUGGUAUGGACCCUGACCUUCAGAUGGAUUUUAUCACCGAACUUGAUCUUGUGAAUACCACCUUUGGAGUCACGCAGGUGUCUGGACUGCACAAUGCUAGCAAAGCAUUUUUAUUUCAAGAUACAGAGAGAGAGAUCCAUGCAGCCCCUCAUGUGAGUGAGAAAUUAAUUCAGUUGUUCCGGAAUAAGAGUGAAUUUACCUUUUUGGCCACCGUACAGCAAAAGCCGUCAACUUCAGGAGUGAUACUGUCCAUUCGAGAACUGGAACACAGCUAUUUUGAACUGGAGAGCAGUGGCCUGAGGGAUGAGAUUCGAUAUCACUACAUACAUAAGGGGAAGCCCAGGACAGAGGCACUUCCAUACCGAAUGGCGGACGGGCAGUGGCACAAGGUCGCACUGUCAGUGAGUGCCUCUCACCUCCUGCUCCACGUGGACUGCAAUAGGAUUUAUGAACGUGUGAUAGACACUCCAGAGACCAACCUUCCCCCAGGAAGCAAUUUAUGGCUUGGUCAGCGAAACCAAAAGCAUGGCUUAUUCAAAGGGAUCAUCCAAGAUGGAAAAAUCAUCUUUAUGCCAAAUGGAUACAUAACACAGUGUCCAAACCUAAAUCGCACUUGCCCAACCUGCAGUGAUUUCUUAAGCCUGGUGCAAGGAAUAAUGGAUUUACAGGAGCUUUUGGCCAAGAUGACUGCAAAACUAAAUUAUGCAGAGACAAGACUUAGUCAAUUGGAAAACUGUCACUGCGAGAAGACUUGUCAAGUGAGUGGACUGCUCUAUCGAGACCAAGACUCUUGGGUUGAUGGUGACCACUGCAGGAACUGCACAUGCAAAAGUGGCGCUGUGGAAUGCCGAAGGAUGUCCUGUCCCCCUCUCAAUUGCUCUCCUGAAUCCCUCCCUGUGCACAUCGCUGGCCAGUGUUGUAAGGUCUGCAGACCAAAAUGUAUCUAUGGAGGAAGAGUUCUUGCAGAAGGCCAGCGGAUUUUAACCAAGAGCUGCAGGGAAUGCCGAGGUGGAGUUUUAGUAAAAAUUACAGAAAUGUGCCCUCCUUUGAACUGUUCAGAAAAGGAUCACAUUCUUCCAGAGAAUCAGUGCUGCAGUGUCUGUAGAGGUCAUAACUUUUGUGCUGAAGCACCUAAAUGUGGUGAAAACUCAGAGUGUAAAAACUGGAAUACAAAAGCUACUUGUGAGUGCAAGAAUGGUUACAUUUCUGUCCAGGGAGACUCUGCCUACUGUGAAGAUAUUGAUGAAUGUGCAGCUAAGAUGCAUUAUUGUCAUGCCAAUACUGUGUGUGUCAACCUGCCGGGGUUAUAUCGCUGUGACUGUGUCCCAGGAUACAUUCGUGUGGAUGACUUUUCUUGUACAGAGCACGAUGAAUGUGGAAGUGGACAGCACAACUGUGACGAGAAUGCCAUCUGCACCAACACGGUCCAGGGACACAGCUGUACCUGCAAACCAGGCUACGUGGGCAACGGGACCAUCUGCAAAGCAUUCUGCGAGGAGGGCUGCAGGUAUGGUGGAACAUGUGUGGCUCCUAACAAAUGUGUCUGUCCUCCUGGAUUCACAGGAAGCCACUGUGAGAAAGAUAUUGAUGAAUGUACAGAGGGGAUCAUUGAGUGCCACAACCAUUCCCGCUGCGUUAACCUGCCAGGGUGGUACCACUGUGAGUGCAGAAGCGGUUUUCAUGACGAUGGGACCUAUUCACUAUCCGGGGAGUCCUGUAUUGACAUUGAUGAAUGUGCCUUAAGAACUCACACCUGUUGGAAUGAUUCUGCCUGCAUUAACUUGGCGGGGGGCUUUGACUGCCUCUGUCCCUCUGGACCCUCGUGCUCUGGUGACUGCCCCCAUGAGGGAGGGCUGAAGCACAAUGGACAGGUGUGGACCCUGAAAGAAGACAGGUGUUCUGUCUGUUCCUGCAAGGACGGGAAGAUAUUCUGCCGACGGACAGCUUGUGAUUGCCAGAAUCCAAGCGUUGACCUUUUCUGUUGCCCAGAGUGCGACACCAGAGUCACAAGUCAAUGUUUAGAUCAAAAUGGACAUAAGCUGUAUCGAAGUGGAGACAAUUGGACCCACAGCUGCCAGCAGUGUCGGUGUCUGGAAGGAGAGGUAGAUUGCUGGCCACUCGCUUGCCCCAAUUUGAGCUGUGAAUACACAGCCAUGUUGGAAGGGGAGUGCUGUCCCCGCUGUGUCAGUGACCCCUGCCUGGCUGAUAACAUUGCCUAUGAUAUCAGGAAAACUUGCCUGGACAGCUACGGUGUUUCUAGACUCAGUGGUGCAGUAUGGACAAUGGCCGGAUCUCCCUGCACAACCUGUAAAUGCAAGAAUGGGAGAGUCUGCUGUUCAGUGGAUUUGGAGUGUCUUCAAAAUAACUGAAGUAUUUAAAAUGGACUCAUCACAGGAGAAAAAAUGGACAAAAUGAUCAUCCAACAUGAUGAAGAAUAAGAGUUGAUUUUUUUAAACCACAAUUACCAAAGUCUCCAUUGGAGGAAGGUGUUUGGGGGUCGCCUCGUAGACCUGCCACUUUGCUCAUUCUUGCUAACCUAGUCUAGGUGACCUACAGUGCAGUGCAUUUAAGUCUAUGGUUGUUAAGAGAAGUCCCCGGUGUUGUAAAUCACAUUUCCCUUAUCAGAUCAUUUGCAAACACAUUUAAAUGAUCUCAUGGUAAAUGUUGAUGUAUUUUUUGGUUUAUUUUGUGUACUAACAUAAUAGAGACUCAGCACCAUUUAUUUAUUUAUUUUUAUUGAUUUUUGGAUCAAAUUCUAAAAAAAAAAAUAAUAAAGUUGCCUGUUGUGAUAUUGUCCCAUCCACU